GUUGCGAUUAUUUAUUUAUUUUACACCCUUGUGCAUGUAGUGGCUUUUGCCGCCUCUUAGUGACAGAGACAUACUACAUCUGUAAAUUUUUCUUUUUUCCUCCGCCUGGUUUCUCGCUUCCUCUGCGAGUUGAACAGGAGACAGCGUUGUUUAUACUUGUGAUCUUUGAUUUCUGUCGCGGAUCGGCCGGAUUUGAUACGCGCAGCUUAUUUUAAAGCGGUUUCUUCGUUUUUGGGCGGCGUUUUGGUAGGUAUGGAGGCGCCCUUAUUAACAGAAGGUUGUGUAGCUGUCGAUUUAUAGCGUUUAUUUAGCUUGUACGGCCCUGGUUGAAGGAAUUGUGCGAAAUCAUCAAGUUGUUGAACUUCUAAAGCAGCGAUAUUGCACGGGACCCUAUGGACAGCAUUGCAUGAAUAUUCAGCUGGUGUAAAAUGUUAAAUGGCUCACUGGAUGGAUCAAAAGAUUGCAUUGAAAGCGAUCAGAACAAUGGUUUCCUCGCCGAGAUAGCAAUCAGCAGCAGAUAUGGCUACCUUUUGCUGGUUUAAAGCAAUAAAUCUGACAUGGGCGCAAUAGAAUAAGAACAUCAAUUGCGAAGUCAGGCUGAGGCUAAAUUUUUUUCAGGGGUACCUGAGUUUGGUCCCAUGUCUGAAGGAUUUGAAGCAGGAUGUAUGGAUUCUACAAUACUAGAGCAUUCUUUUUUAAGAAUGAACCAGCUGAGAUCUCAAGCUCAUGUUGCACAACAAAGCAGGCAUGAAAAAUUGCGAGUUCAAAACAGCCCUUCGUCUCCACAGCUUGGGUCACAAUCUGACACAUCUGGAUAUUCAAAUUAUAUUCUGCAUCAAGCGCCAAUAACAUCCACAGUGCAGCAGCAAACCAAAAACUGUGAAUCUUCCAGACAAGGAUAUCAAGGAGGCCAUUCUGAAAUACCAAUGUAUGACGGCAACAUGAUAUCAUCUGAAAUGUUUAAUUUUCCAAUAGAGGCAGAGUUACUGGGUGUGCCGCCAAAGGGUACAAUGGUAUUGCAACAGGCUCAGGCCGCUUCUAGUGAUGAUGGUUCGGAUCGGCCAUCUCUACCAUAUGCAAUAUUUGGGCACCACCCAGGUUCAAAUCUUUCUGCUAUCAAAACAAAUGUAGGGACUGCCAAUUUGGGGAGCAAUUGGAAGAGCUUGAAUGCACAGUCAAACAAUGAAUGGCCUGUAAAGCACAUACAAGGUAUACCCAACGCAGUAUAUGGUGGACAAAAUUCAAUUGCAACAACACUAUUUGGUGGAUUGCAGUCUGGGAUUCUCAAAGAUGGCAGCAUAACCACGUCUCCUAACAUACACGGGGAUGCAAUGCAGCUAUAUUUGAUGAAUCCGGGAUAUGCUGGUUACCCAGAGACAACCACAUCAGGAUCUAUGCAGCAUUCCUCCAAUGAAAUUGCCAACCAGGGUACCGAGACUCAGAAGCACUUAGUAGAAGUUCCAGUUCCGCCGAAUUUUCCUCCUUUUCAACAGACUGCUUUACCUCUGGUCGCAGAAGUGGGCACUUCUUCUCAGGGGCUUUGUAUUGCACAAAUCCCCUCUAAUCUUAGAGAAUCUGGGCAGUGGCCAAAUGGGGGAAACGAGCUUGUUCUUCUUCCAGCCUAUGGUAACAUUCACAACGGCAGCCAAUAUAUGUCACCGAGAUAUAGCAAUGCAGUGAGCUGGGCAAAUAGACAAGGCGGGUCUCUUCAAUGGAAUCCGGAGCAUUCCUUUGAUGAAAGUAAAGCUGGAGAGGACUUCCGGACUGAGCAACUUUCCAUGGGAAGGGAUAGAUCGGGCCAAGGGCUCUCCCUAUCACUAUCAUCUCAUCAUCCGUCGUUGCAACAAUUGGACGCCAUGGCAAGCCACCGCGCAAAUGUGUUGCAGGUUGCUACUGCUACAGAAGUAAAGGCUAAAUCAGAAGAGCUUUUCAACAAUCAUGGUGCAAAUGGUAGCACAGGUGCUGUUCCGGGCUAUGUUUCUUCAUAUUCAAGAGAUGAGAAUGUUCCUGGGAAAGGAUAUGUAGCUGGAGGUUCAACCAUGGAACUGCAUAUGAAUGUGGGUAAUUUGGGCCCUUUUGGAGGAUAUGCCACUGUUUUGAAAAACUCAAAGUACCUUAAGCCUGCUCAAGAAUUAUUGGACGAGUUUUGCAAUGUAGGAAGAGGACUUCAAACAAACAAUAUGCUCAAACAGAAAAUCUCCUCAAGAUCCGAGGAUUGGGUCGACAGAAAUUUGGUAGCUGGUUCCAAUGCUGUCGAAAAUAACAAUGGCAUGAAAAGCGAAAUUGGUGGUAAAAUUGUUAACUCCUGCACUCAAGCAGCCACAUCAUCAUCUACUUAUGCUUCUGGAGAAACACCCAAUGAAAGUGCAAUGGGGCAAACACCAUAUUCGGGCGAUAGGUUUGAAAUCCAGAGGAGGAAAACGAAGCUGUCAUCGAUGCUGGAAGAGGUUCACAGGAGAUACAGGCAGUAUUGCGAACAGAUGCAUAUGGUGAAGGCAUCUUUUGAAUCUAUAGCAGGUAUGGGGUCAGCAACUCCAUACACUAAAUUAGCUUUGAAGGCCAUGUCAAGGCACUUCAGAUGUUUAAGAGACGCAAUCAGUAACCAGCUUAGAGCUGCAAAAAAGGCAUUAGGUGAGGACUGCAGUGGGCCCGGUACAAGUAGAGGAGAAACUCCAAGAUUAAGAUUUCUUGAUCAAAGUCUUAGACAACAGCGAGCAGUACAGCAUUUGGGAAUGCUUGAACAACAUGCUUGGCGGCCACAGCGAGGACUUCCAGAGCGUUCGGUGUCUGUGCUUCGUGCAUGGUUAUUUGAGCAUUUCUUGCACCCGUACCCUACAGAUGCAGAUAAGCAUAUGUUGGCUCGACAAACCGGUCUUUCAAGAAGUCAGGUUUCAAAUUGGUUUAUAAACGCCAGAGUUAGGCUAUGGAAGCCAAUGGUGGAAGAUAUGUAUCUACAGGAAAUAAAGGAGGCAUCUGACAUGGAUGUUACUACUGGAAAGAGAAAAGAAAAUGAGUCAAGGGAUAAAACUGAAAGUCCACUGGGAGAAGAAAAGAACAUGAACAAGCAUGGAAAGAUUAUGCUGGAUGGAGGGGUGUCAUCAGAUAAGCAAUCUGCUUCUGAGUGUGAAGGUUCCAAAGUUGAUCAUGGUGGAAGCACCUCGCAGACUGGUCAGGAAAGUAGUGGUACAGCUUUGAGCAUUCCUCUAGACUCACAGUUUCGUUCAGGAGAUAAAGUUGAUGGCACAAGAGAAGCAGAUAUGGACGUGAAUCUAAAUAGAAUUAAUGUUGGGUCCCUGUCUUCUGUCAAUGCAGGACCAACCAUUGGGGUUGACAGAAAACUGCUUGAUGAAACACAUGGGUGCAUUAAUUUUGAACAAGGCAUGAAGAGAUUUAGAAAUGAUUUAGAUAGAAACAGGUUUCAAGGAUUUGAUAAUACAGUUAAUUAUACUUACAGCCAUGAAUCUGCUGGAAUGGGUGGCAGGUAUUCCCAUGAAGAAUUGACUCCUAGACAGAUAGGAAGCCAUGCAGGUGUGUCUCUAACCUUAGGUCUGCGUCACAGUGGAGGUCAAGAAAAGUACAAUAAUGGCCUUUAUUUGUCUAGAGAUGAUUCUGCUCCAGACACCAAUCACCAUUUUAAUAUACACCACCACGGUAAUGAUCAAGGCUAUGGAAAUCAUGGCUUUGAUACCCAAAACAUUCAGUUCAGAAAACAUGUGGAAAGUCAGCUCUUGCACGAUUUUGUGGGUUAGUAAAUGGUUAGAUAAAUUUUCACCGAGUUAUUCUUAUUGCAGAAAAUCAGAUCAGAAAGAGAUUUGACCACCUUGUUGAUCCUGACAUUCCUGCACACUUCAAAUCAUGUCUAACAGGUGAGAGUCGUUCGUGCCUUGUAAAUAUUAUAAUCCUUGAAAAUGAGGCUAGCUUGCAACUAUUUAGAUUGUGCCCAAAGUGGGUCACUGACAUUAGAAUGUCUACGAUGAUGAUUGGGGCUGAUAAUUCAUUAAAAAUAGCAGCAACACUAGUACUAUAUAGUCCUUGAAAAUGAGGGUAGAAAAAUAGGAAAGAAAGUUGCAAAUGUUUUUACCAAAGUAAGAAAUUUGUUCUUCUUAGGGUACUGAUGCAUACCAGUUAUAUAGAUCAAACAAAUUGUUGCUUCUUCACUAAGAUUUAGUCAUGACAGGUAGCCUACUUGUCCUAGAAAUAGAUUAAAUUUUAGAUUACUGUGACCAACAGUAAUCUUGAUAUAUGCAUGCACAAGAUUUGCUGUGGAUGAAGGGUAACUUUCAUUCUUUUAUCUUUUUAUGAUAGUUCCACCAAAUACAAGACGAGGCUGUAUUUUAAUAUUGUAAAUUUUAUAACCUUGCCAAUUGAGCAAUGGGCAUUGUACACUAAUGAUUGGUCAGGUGAUGCAAACAAGCUGCUUUGCUGCGUCUCUGCAAUAUUCCCCAUGAGUAUUAGUACUUAAGUUUGUAUGGAUAAGAUUAGUUGUUUUUUAGUUUUC